AUGCUUUCAGAUCCUUUUUAUAUUUCUUUUGUUGCUUCUCUUGAACAAAAAGAAAAUGAAGAAAAAACAAUUAAAUUCGGAAGUCCCCAAGUGCAAAACCAAAUUGUUGACGACGAGAAUACGCUGCUGUCUCCUUUGCUGCUGCGGCUGAGGGAGAAAUCGGGGAAGCAAACUUUUGUUAAG